CUCGAAUUCCCCCGCAUAUCGUGUGCUGUGCUUGGCUGCGCAGCAUACGCCCACGUCCCCCCUCUGUUGUUGAGCCGACCUCCGGAGUCCCCGUCGUCUAGUUACCAAUUGGAUAUCCAACUGUUCUCUCGCCAUGUUCGCCAAUGACGCCGUGUUCCACCGCCGGAACAAGCCAAUCCAAGAUGCCAUUGACGGGCAGAAUUUCAAGCAGGCCCUGCAGCUUAUCGAGAAGCGCAUGAAAAAGGGCGAGGAUACCCGCUUUCUCAGAGCGUGGAAGGCGCACGUUCUCUUUCGGCAUGCCGACGGCGCUCAUCACCAGCGCGGCAUUGACGAGACCCUCGCUCUAUGCAAAGUGGAUCCUCCGGCGACGGAUCUCGAAACGCUGGACAUCCUUUACGAUACCUUGCAGAAGAUGGGUGGUCAAGCAGAUGCCAUGAGAAGCAUAUGGGAAAGAGCCUCCAAAGCCAAGCCCCAGGAUCUAGAUCUUCAGAUGAAGUGGUUCGAGUAUGCGUUCGAUGGUGACGAUUGGAAGUCCGCACAGAAGGCUGCCAUGACCCUCCAGAGCAAUUUCCCUAAAGACAGAAAGUACUACUUCUGGGCCAUCUUCCUCAGCUACCUCGUUUCCGUCGACGAUUCCAGCUCCGAGACCGAGCGCAAGCUGUUCGGAACCUUGGCCUACCGCAUGGCGUCGAAGGCUGCUGAUAGUGUUCCUUCUGAUCCGAAAGAGCUGCUAAGCCCUCCACGAGCUAUCCAAAAUGCUGAGGAGCUUCUCCUUCUUGCCAAAAUCUUUGAGUCUCAAGGGCGUCAUUCUGAACUCGUGAGCAUCCUCAAUAGCGAAACGGUUGGGAUCAGCUCUCGAAUCAUUCAAAAUGAUUGGUCAUUCGUUGGGGAGAAGCUCUCCAGCCUCGAAAAGGCCCAGAUGUGGACCGAGGGCUUGUCCUACACAAAGAGCCUCCUCGCUAUUCCCAAUACCGAAGACGAACGAAAGGCCCUCCAGGAGCAUGACGAUUGGGCAGUCUGGAGCCUACUCGUCGCUGCGGUUCGGAACAUCAAUAACCAGGAAACUCUUGCGGAAACCCAAAAGUUUAUUGAUGGAUUCAUUGAAUAUGAGCCAAAGUCGCGCAAUGCACAAUUGGCCCGUCUUGAUCUGAUCCAUUUCAACUUCCAGUCGGGCAGUCUAAAGGCAGAUGAACUGGUUGCCGCCUGUCAAGGGUACUUUUAUCUUAAUAAGAACAAACUAUACUGCUUCGGUGACCUGCAAACGUAUUUGUCGGCACUUGAUAAGGAUUCGUUGUCCAAGUUCGUGGAGUAUACAGCCAAGAACCAAGGGGAAACGAGUGGCAAAAAGAACGAUCCUUUUAAGGGUGUUGCCGCUAUCAACGGGCUGAAGUUCGAGUACUGCUUCCUGCUGUCGGCUGACGAAUCAAAUGUGACCAAGUCAAAGGUGGAAGAAUUUGCCUCGCGCUGCCUGCAAAAGUAUCGGGAUGUGGAGCGGCCGGAACGAGAUGCUGCUUCGUCUACAAUUGAGAGCCAGCCCAGCGACGAUCUACUGUUGCUCGCAGCUAUGAGCUUGAUUCGCUUCGGUGAAACCUUGGCUUCCACCAACCAGGAACAAGUAUUAAAUCUCAUUCAUAUUCGCGCAGCAGCCAUUCUGGAACGCCUCCUCCAGGAUUCUCCUCACAACUACCAGGCACUGCUUCUUCUUGUACGAAUCUAUCUCCGCUUGGGCGCAGGAUCGUUGGCUCUGAAGACAUUCAGCAAGCUCUCUGUCAAGCAGAUACAAUUUGAGACCGUUGCCCACAAUCUCUUCACACGUCUUGCCACGAUCCAUCCGCAGUCGGCCCCGCCUAUCGAGGGUGCUGAAUACAAGGACUUCAACCCGCAGUCCGCGUUCGUUCAGGCCCUCAACUUUUACCGGACUGCCGAUAUCACCACGGUCAGGCAUCGGUCUAAGGGGUUGGACCUUGGCAGCUACGUGAAUAUCGAAGGGACAAUAGACCUUCAGAAACGCCUUAAAAAUAGCAUCUGUAGAAGGCUUUGGGCGCUCGAGGUGCGGCGUAUUCAGAGACUGGUCGGUGGCGAUCCUAUGGGUCACGAAGAUAUUGCAAGGGACACAUCGCCCUUAGUCGAUCAGCGGGUGUUCGACGCAUUCAUGAACUGCGAAGCCCCGGGCAAGCCGACCCUGGAGGAGCGGGUGCGCUUGGGACCCUUGCCUCAGGAGCAAUGGGUGAAAUCAACCAGAAUGGCAGACGAGCUGUUUGGGCUUCUUAAGAAUAUAAUUCUUCAGAAACCCAUAACGGCUCAGCAUGAGCUGCCUACCCUCGAAGAUCUCGUGGGGUCGAAUGCGGCCUCAGAGAUGACCGGUUCCGAGAUUGAGGGUGCCAAGGUUAACCUGAACCUCUUCCGGGUGGCCGUAUUCCUCGGUGGAUCCAAGUCCGUUUCCCCUGAGCAAGUCGAAAGCAGCUUGACUGAGGUUGAGGAAUGGUUGAAUGAGAAGUCUCGGGAACUUACUGUGGACGACGGCCAAAUCUCCGGCGCCAUAUCGAACACUGCGAUUUUCUUGAAAUCGGAAACCCCAACCGCUCCAUCUUGGAAGAGCUUCCAUGAUCUUUUUGUCGUGUUGGAGUCCCUGAAGGCGGUGAUUUUCAUCGCGACUAUUGUCUCAAGAAAGGGCUUCAAGAUCGCCAAGGCAUCAAAGGACCAAGUAACACGUCUGGGCGAAUCUGCACGCCAAGUUCACCAAGCAAUCCGAGUAAAUGUCCGCACACUGAAGUCACGAAUCUCGGAACCCGGUAUGCUUGGGUCAUUGAUCGACCUGGUCGGAGGUGGUGAUGGUAAGGGCGAAGUUGGUGCCGAGCUUCGAGCUGAGCUGGAGAAGACCAUGGACACGUCUGCUGUGGAGAUAUUCUGUGGCGAGUUGAUGGAGAGCUGGGAAGAAGGGCUUACCGGGCUGUUUUCCGUUACUCUCUGAUGGCACAUAUCCAUAGAUAACAUUUAUACAUCCAU